GGCUAUAUCUAGUAUAUUAUGUUUCUGACAAUCAGCACGUUGAAGUAGCGAUGUGAGUAAGAAUCGCUUUGUGAAUCUGAUCGACCUUUACACUAGAUUUUUUGAUCAAAUUGAUUGAAUAUAAUUGAGUAUAACGUUUUAGAUAUUGUGUAAAGCCAGAGAGCUCAAGCUUUUGACAGGUUCGAAUUCCUCUCAGCCUCUAACAGUAAACAGGCUUUGAAGAUGCUGUUCAGAAAUUUAUAUAUUUCAUAUGUCAUGGAUGGAAUGUAAUACUCAUGACAGAGAAAAUAACCGAUUUGUGUUAAUAACGCUUGUACUUCUAUUAGGUAAUAUAUAAGUGUAGAGCUUUAAAUAGCACUGUAUCAAAAACAUUAAUUUAUUUGAAUAACAGGUCUACAGAUUGCUGUAGAAAUCAUUUGUUAAUCAAAAGAGAAAUGAUAGAAUCUGUGACCAUGCAUAUAACUUAAAAGCUGAAAAAAACACUCUAGCUUUCUGUAAGCACUGAAAUUAAUCAAUUUGGAUAAGUCCAUUCAACUGAUGGCCAGUUCAGCCCCAAGCAGUGCUUCCUCGAGAUCGGGAUUCGGAAGGGGGAAUGCCACAGGGACCAGAAAAGCAACACCAACAAGUGCUGGGAAAGCUGGCAAAAAAGGCUCCCUCACAAGUUCAUCUGAUAGUUCAAUAGGAAAAUUAACAGCAGCUCACCCGAGACCAUCAGCUAAAUUAAACCCCAAAACAGUUGAUCCAUUCAAAAGUCCAGCCAAGAACCAAUCUGCAUUUGCUGCUGUAUACACCAAUGGAGGAGUACCUUGUCGGUUAUUCCAUGGUUCAGUCAAACACAAGCUGGCCUGGGAAACCCCUCCAGAACAGGUGCCCUUUGACCCUAUUCUUGUAACCUUAGCAGAGGGUUUAAAGGAGACCGUCCAUCCAUAUAUGUUUGUCGCUAGGACUGGAUUUAAAGAGCUACUGGAAGUUGAUGGUUCUACAGAAAAAGUGUUGCCAAUCUUGCCAAAAGUUUGCAUAGCUGUUCGUACAUCUUUGAGCCAUCCUGAUAAUUCGGUAUUUGAUUCUGGCCUGGAUGCACUCCUACAGCUAAGUGAUGUGGUUGGUCCAUCACUGAAUCAACAUCUCAAACUUCUGAUGGUGCCUGUUGCUAAAAGAAUGAUGGAAAAGAAACACAGAGACAAGAUUACUGAAGUUUUACAGACAUUGGAACAAAAUGGAGGAAAGGAAGCACUGCCAUCAAUAAAAUCCAAAGUUCCAACCUAUUCUUCCAUAUUUGGCUGAGGAUACAGAACAGAACACCUAAGUUGAUAAUGGCUCCAGAUCGGCCACUGAAGAGUGCUGAGGAUGUAUAGCAUGUAGAAUUUUACCAAGAAAGUUGUAUGAAGAGUUUCAACAUUGAGAUAUUUCAAAUUGAGAUAUUGUAACUGUUGCCAGUUUUUUUUUAAAUAACACAUGUAUUAAGAAUUUAUGCAAUAAUUGAUUACAGUCAGUUUAGGAUUUAUGAUCUGAUUUUAUAUUAAGAUAUCAGAUAUCUAUGUAUUAGAACUGAGCUAGUCAGGACUAUCAGGUUUACAUAAAAGUAUGAUAACUCGGAUAUUUCUUAAUGCAGCUUCACCUACCAGCCCCGGGUACACAUUUGUUAUUUUGUUCAGUUGCUCAAAAAGUAUCAAUGUGAUUUUAUCCAAGCCUUGGAUAUAAUUACAUUGUAGUAUGUACAUCUCAUAACAUCUGACGGAUUACAUCAAUUUUAACUUUUUGCUGUAUUUUUGGUUUACAAACUUUAGAUUUUGAGAAAUUGAUAUAAAAACUUUAUUGCUUCCCUAAUUGAUUUACAAAUUAAUUGAUAGCAAAAUCAUAUUAAAUUUAAUAAUAAAUCAGAUGUAUCUCCUUCUCACUUUUCAAAAAGAGUGAUUUUUGGGGUAACAAUGACAUAUUUAGGUAAAUUUUGAGAAAUAAUUUGUUUUGCAAUACCUCAAUAUUUACACAUGCCUAUAAUAUAUAGAGGGUUGCUUCCAUACUAUCCAGUGGAGUUUUUUUUUUGUUGAUUUUGGAAAAAAUAUUGCAAUUUUAGUGAAUUUUUGAGUUCGUUUAAAACUGACUUCUAUAACACUAACACUAUACUGACAAAAUGGGACAGGUGAGGCGUGAUUAUGUUUAAUUCUUGUUGAAUUAUUGUCUUGGUCUGGUUGGUUAAAUCAAUGAAAUAUUGUUGCUGAUUGUUGCUGAGUUUAAUUAAUUCUUUUAAUACAUAUUAAAAUAUGUUUUGUGUUUUUAAUGUUUGAAUGAUGAUUUCGAUAUCUAGUGUUCAAAAUAAAGUUAGAUAUGAAUGAUAUUAAAGUAAUCUCCAUUAUUAUAAUAUUGAAAUUUCAUAUCUAAAUAAUAACGAAUUUGCUGCCUCCGUUUCUUCACCCUUAUUUUUCCUAUGUGUUUUUUCUGUCUUUAUUUUUGUACCAUUCCUUGUAUAACCCUGGCUGUAAUUAGUGUCUCCUUGACACAAGUCCUUGUAUGACCCUGGCUGUUAGUGUCUCCUUGACACUAUUCCCUGUAUAACCCUGGCUGUUAGUGUCUCCUUGACACAAUUCCUUGUAUAACCCUGUGUGUUAUUAGUGUCUCCUUGACACCUUUCCCUGUAUAACCCUGGCUGUUAGUGUCUCCUUGACACCAUUCCUUGUAUAACCCUGGCUGUUAGUGUCUCCAUGACA